CUUCGAGGUCACUCAGUAUAUCGCGAGAGAGCGUUUACAGCGUACAAAUAAACACUGGUAUCGUUGUUUACUUAUUGGCUUCAAGAUGACGUUGAAGCAAGAAACAAUGUUCUAUGUCAUCUUUCUGCUUUUUGCAAUUUCUGCCAAAGGAUAUGAAGAUGUUAAUGAGUGUCUGGACCAGAAUGGACACUGUCAAGAUAUUUGUGUGAAUACCAAUGGCAGUUACUACUGCGCUUGCUCAGAUCCAGAGUUCAGCGUUGCACAAGACCAGCGACAUUGUAUCGCCGAAGGAGUGGAAGUAGACUGUGGUCAGGACGAGAUGACUAUCACUCUACCCAAGUCUCUCCUUUUGGGUUUAGACCGUGAGCAUUUGAGGCUCAUAGAUCCAGAGUGCACAGCCACUGAAAACGAGACUCACUUUUUCCUUCAAACCAAAACCGAUGAAUGUGGUACAAUUCUGAAGCAUACUAAGGAUCAUGCCAUAUACAGCAACAUGGUGUCGGAAAUCCCCAUAAAAGAAAACCAGAUUGUGACACGCGUGCGCGAUGCUAUGAUCCCCUUCCACUGCUAUUAUUCCAAAUGGGGUGUGGUGUCCUCCAUUGGAAUCAGACCAUCGAGCACGAAGAUUGUUUUGUCUUCAAAGGGAUUUGGAAAGUUCACUCUCAGUCUGGAUUUGUUCAGAAGUCCAGAAUUCACUGCGCCCUUCUCUCAGGAUGACUUCCCUGUCGAGUUCACAAUCCGUGAACGAGUGUACUUUGAAGCCCGUGUCGACACCAUUGACACAACAUUGUCAAUUUUGGCCUUGGACUGCUAUGCCACCCCCUCUCAGGACAGGAAUUCCCAGCCCAGAUAUGAUAUUAUUAAAGACGGGUGUUCGGUCGACGAUGAUGACACACUUCAAUUCCAUGACAGCCCCGGCAACCAGUCUCAGCGCUGGAGCCUUGAGGCCUUUCAAUAUGUCAGCAAGCACCCGUAUGUGUUUUUUCAUUGCCAGGUUCAGGUCUGUGACGCCGCAGAUCCUGCCUCAAGGUGUGCCCAAGGCUGCAUACAGAGAAGACGAAGAAGCGAGAAGGUCCUUCAUGACAACCCGGAUGACAUAUAUGCUUUGGCCCAGGGUCCUCUCGCACUGAACCGCGAUAAGAGGGAGGCAGAAGUCGAUGAAGCGGUUGCCUUGGAUAAGAACACGCUCAAACUCAAAACAGGUUUCCACGCGCCUGUUUUAGCCUCGCUGGGUGUGCUUAUCGUAUUGUGCUUAAUGGGGAUGAUAUGGCUGAAGGUCACUUCGAACAAACAGAGAGUCGCAAAGCAGUUCAUACCACUUUACGAGGACCUGCAGAAGUGAUAACGUCAUAGAGAAUUUUCCGACCUCAAUUGCUCAGUGUUGAUGCUGUUCUUGUUAAAAUGUAUGUCUCUCUGUAACCACUUUAGGAUGGAUUUCAUACUUCAUCCGACAAGAAAUAUGUAAUUUUGUACUUUUUUACUGUCUUCUUUUGAAUAAUUAUCGUGAAAAAAUCAAGAUAUCAUUUUUUUUCUCCGGAGAUAUUUUGCUUUAUAGGAUAACUGUAAUAUUGAGCGCACCCUGAUGAAUGCAAAAACCAACGUUUACUAACACUGGAAGACCCAUAGUUGCUUCUUAAAAAUUAAAAAAAUGCUCUUCCUAUCACUUUACGGAACUUAUAACUCACUUGGUAUUUAGAUGGAUCGAAAACCCCAAUUUGUAAGAGCUGCGCAAUAAAAAACAUAUGUACUCAAAGUCUA